AUGGCUGAUUUAGUUUACUUCAAUAUCGACGACGGUCUAGGAGAGGGUCUCGUAAGAGGUCUUCGUUCGGGCUUCCUCACAGCAGAUGAUUACCGUCGUAUUGCCAAUGGAGAAAACUUGGAAGAUCUCCGAACAGCUUUAGAAGAUACAGACUAUGGCACUUUCCUCCAGGAUGAGCCCAGUCCUCUUCAGGCUUCUACUAUCUUGCGGAAGUGCCAUGAGCGUCUCGCUGAGGAGUUCGAUUAUGUCAGAGCUCAAUCAGUCGGCGAGAUGGCUAAGUUCAUGGAUUAUGUCCGUCAAGAGGCUAUGAUUGACAACGUGGUAAUGCUCAUUCAGGGUACCAUCAACAACAAGAAUCCUAAGGAUCUUCUUGCACGAUGUGAUCCUCUUGGCUACUUCGAGGAGAUGAAGACCAUUCCUGGCAUGGAUUUUACUCAUGGUUAUGAAGACCUCUACCGUACCAUUCUCAUCGACACUCCUCUUGGACCGUAA